AUGAUGAGCCAGGAUGUUCAGCUGGUUAUGUUAGGCUCAGGGAGACCUGAUCUUGAAGAGGUCCUCAGACGAAUGGAGUAUCAGUACAGGGACAAAGCACGAGGAUGGGUUGGUUUCUCGGUUAGAACAGCUCACAGGAUAACAGCUGGUGCUGACGUUCUGCUUAUGCCUUCGAGGUUCGAACCGUGCGGUUUAAACCAGCUUUACGCGAUGAUGUAUGGAACCGUUCCGGUGGUCCAUGCGGUGGGAGGGUUGACUGAUUCAUGCUUUGGGAAACUAGAGUAUAAGGAGAGCUGGGAAGGGCUUCAGAGAAGAGGGAUGACUCAAGAUUUGAGUUGGGAUAAUGCUGCUGAGAAUUAUGAAGAAGUUCUUGUUGCUGCUAAGUAUCAAUGGUGA